AUGACUAGGAUGUGCCAGGGAAGGAAGGCGAUGAAGAUGUACAAGAGGAGGACAGGAGAACGGAUGCGUCCAAAGAAACCGAGACAUCCGACCAUGAAUGAUCACACGACCAAGACGUGUAUCAUAGUUGCGACUGCUCUUGUUGUCGUCUUUUUUGUCACAACAUUUGCGACUGGAUCAAGCUCGACAACAAAGCAGCAGGGGCUUGAAGUAGAUUUGAGAGAAAGUGUGACACAAACUCGUCCUGUUUCUGUGGGAACAAAAAUCGAUCUCAUGCAGGAGUUGAAGCCACAAGAGCUUCUCACAGUUUAUCAGACAGUCGAGAAAGCUCGGGGAAAGACAUCUCGUGCCAUCCUGUUCCUUGCUCACGGUGGCAACAUCGAGAUGUUGCGAGGAGGGUCAGGGACUGACAGCAGCGCAGGCUGCUCUCAUUCUGCUACUGACUUCUUCGACAAGAGCGACGACUGUAAGGAAUGUAUUGGGUUGCCAAUAGAAAGGAAGAUAGUCUCAACGGCUCUCGAUAAGGGACUCUCAGUCGUUGCAGGAGAGCAGUCACGAGUCAAGACCGAGGCAGCAAGUGUUGGAACCCACAAGACGAUGUCGCUUGUCGCUCUCGGCGCUUCCUCGGGAGGAGCCAUCGUGCAUGCGCUGGGCAUCUCGUCUGAACCCCCAGCAGCAAUUGCUGUUCAGAUCAUGCCGGUCCCACCAGAGGUUGGCAAUUUCAUAAUUUUUGUACAAGAUGAAACUGCUAGUGAUGUUUUUGGAUGUCAUUGGUACACGAUGUUGCACCUCACAGAGAAAUAUCCGCCUGCAAUUUUCUGGCACAUGGUGAGAAGGAACAGGAGAAGUGGUGGUGGGAGUGAUGAAGGAGGAGGAGGAGGAGGAGGAGGUGGUGGUGGUGGUGGUGGUGGUGGUGGUGGAGGAGGAGGAGGAGUGGAAGGGAUGUGGGUUGAUCGCAAGUUCAGCCGAGGGACCAACGGGGAGCCCCGGAUAUCAACGCUCUCAAGUCUUUCAAACGGCCGGUAA